ACCCCUACUCCAUCUUUCUCGAGCUGCUCUUUGAUCAUAUAAUUACCUUGAUCUUUGUUCUUUCUUCUCCAAUAAAACCCACCUGAUCAGUUCUUCUGCUCCAUCAUCUUUUGUUCAAGUUAAUUAGCAUUACUGCUAGUUAGUUAAAACAAAAGUUGAUUAGUACGUAAUUAACAUGAUGGAUUUUGUGUGCUCCAAACCAGAUGCCAAAGUCUGGGAUAUUUGUGAAGCAGCUGCUAACUAUAAUUACAAAGGGUUUAUUAGGUCAUCAGAUUUGAGUUCUCCUUCUUCAUCUUCAGCACUUGAGGAUUCUGAACUUGUUUCAUCUGAUCAGUCGACAGAGACUACUACUGUUGAGGACGACGAUUACAUUGCCGAGUUGACACGCCAGAUGACUCACUACAUGCUUCAAGAUGAUCACGAGAAAACCAAUACUACUAGCUCUCAGAAAAACCAAGAGUUUUUGGGUUCCUUUGGUUGGCCACAGUACUCAGUGUGGUCACCGUUGGGGUCUAGCCAUGGCAGCUCAGAAGGGUCAUCUCUUGAACCAACGCCACCAGAAACACCAGGCAAAGGCAAAGUUAGGAACAGCUGUACCUACGCCGACGUUUUGAGAAAGUUGGACAAGUUAGAUACAAGAACAACCAACGAAGGGUUAAAUCAUCAUCGGCGAAUAGACCCAAGUACAAAAGUAGACCCAGGGGUUGGAUUUUUCUCAAAGCAAGAUCUAUCUUGCGGUCAAAGCCAAGAUUUCCAGAAACUUGAGGCUUAUUAUAAGGUAAAGCAAGAGGACAUUUCAAAGAAACAAGGAUCAUCAGCAAACGGAGGGAGACAAGCCAAGAUUUGCCAUGAGCAAUUUGAGCCUAAUAAUUAUCAGCACUUGAAUAAAGGAGGAUCUUGUAUUGGGUCUAUUAAUGGAGGAAGGUCAAAGUCUCCAACACAAAUUGGAUUGCCUGGUUCGAACCCAUGGUUGAACCAGCAAGCAGGACCCGGUAUGAGGGCUGUUUUCCUUGGCGGGUCGUGUUCGAAAAUUGGGUCAUCUUCUGGGACAGGAGUAUUUUUGCCUUGUGUUAUUGGUAGCACUUCACAGUCACCCAAGAAAAGAGGAUGUCCCCCGGUUCUUAUACCCGCAAAGGUCGUGCAAGCCUUGAAAGUUCACUUUGACAGAGUUGGUGACCUACCUCGACCUAAUGCUUAUGGUACCUCUACACAAAAUGAUGCUUUGAAGGGUGGUAGGGCAAACACGCAUUCAACUAAUAAACGUCACCCGCGGACGGUACCGGACAUGAACACUAAGGAGAUCGGUCUGCCUCAAGAAUGGACAUAUUGACGCGCAGUUAGCACAUCACAUGCAAUGCCUAAAUAUUCAUCACCACCACCGAUAUUGUUAGUAUCGCUCUCAGAUGUGGUUGCGUGUUUUGGCAUUUUAUUCUUAGAAAAGAAGAAAAAGUCCAAGAAAAGAAUAAAGAAGAAAAUGACGGACAGAAGAAUUUCGGAAUCUUAAGAUAGGUAGAUUAGGACAAACAAAUACAGAUUUAAGUAUAUCAUCCCUUUUUUUCAUAUACAAUUUUUGAAUAAACAACAAGUUUGAAUAAUGUAUACAGCAGGAAGCUCUUGACCGGUAAUGCAACUACUUGUGCCAACCCCUACUUGUGAUGUAAAAGGAUGUAUUUUGAAAAUCCUAGUGCCAAUUCUGCUUUCA